CAGUUUUUAUUUUAGUGUUUGUGCUAAAUCAUGCUUCUCUAACGUUCUAUGUGGUCCUAUUGACUGGUGGUUGAGUGUUUAAAUGUGUUAGCUUACUGCCUUGUUUAUUUUAGUCUCUUUGUUGGUCUCAAUAUUCUUUAUAUAGUACUAUUUAAGCUUCCAUUUUUUUAUCUUUUUUCUUUGGUCCUUUGACGUCUACCCACUUGUUUAUGCUAUUUUCAAAUUCAAAGUUGAAGAAUUAAAAUUUUUGGGUGUGAGUUGAGUUUUACUGGGUAGUAAUUGGCUUCUUGUUAGCUGUAGUUUUUAGAUGAUGGUGAGAGUUGUCGAAGAGGUUUAGAGUUGUGGCCUGUGGGGUUUACCAAGUGCCAAUUUGUGAUUUUGAGUUUAUUGCUUAAAUCUUGGAGCAGUUGAGUUUGUGUACUAAGAAUUUGACAGUGAAGGAUUUAGGGAAUUGGAAGUCUUAUGAGUUCUUCUAAUUGUGAUAUUGAAUCAGUUUAUGGAGUCUUUCUGAAUGUUUGCGAAUUGUGAAUUCAGUGGUUGACUCUGUGCAUUUUACAACAUGGCAACUAAUGGGAUAGACUUUCCUUUUGAGAGUCUAGAAGAGGAACGACUCAGCGUCAACCAGGAACUGGAGAAGAGCUUUGGGCAGAGUGGUGGCAUUGAGCGAUCAGUGGCUGUGGACUUUGUUUCUUCAGUUGAAAUAAUUGAAGCAGGUCCUUUAUAUGAAAUAGAAAAGCAGGAGACAGAUUCAGGAAAUAUUGAAGCAGAUCCACUUCAGGAAACACGAAAGGAGGAGGCAAACUCAGGGCAGCAGCCAACAGUUCUAGAGAUUUUUCAGUCAAAAGAAUUGAAACUUACAUCUAAACCUAGUCGAGGUCUAGAUCACUGCACCACUGCCCCUGUUCGAUCCCACAGAUAUCCGCUUCUUGAUGAUAAUGAAAACAUUACAUUCUGUAAAUCCAUGACAGAAAGGAGAACUUGGAAGCAUGAAUUAAAAUUGGACAGACUGACCGAGAAUGAAAAGCAAAAACUAAUUAUUGAGCUAGUCAAGAUCCAAAAUGAUGGAACAGUGGAAGUUGAUAUAGACAAAAGUACACCUGUUGCUUCUGAAUUGCUAGAGCUUUCCUCUAUUGGAGGAUCAUUCUAUGUUGAUGAUAAGACUCUUAAUUCCCCCAAUAAAUCAAUUCCAAGGUUGAAAAUUGCCAUUCUGGUGGUUGGAACAAGAGGAGAUGUACAGCCAUUUCUAGCUAUGGCCAAGAGACUUCAGGAAUUUGGUCAUCACGUUAGGUUGGCAACACAUGCUAACUUCAAAAGCUUUGUAAAGUCUGCUGGUGUAGAAUUUUAUCCCUUGGGUGGUGAUCCUCGAGUUUUGGCAGGAUAUAUGGCCAGAAAUAAGGGUCUCAUCCCAUCUGGACCAGGAGAAAUAGUCUUGCAAAGGGAGCAGUUGAAAGCCAUUAUUGAGUCUCUUCUUCCAGCAUGCACAGAACCGGAUAUUGAAACUGGUGUGCCGUUUAAAGCCCAGGCAAUUAUUGCAAACCCGCCUGCUUAUGGGCAUGUGCAUGUUGCAGAAGCUCUAGGUGUACCAAUCCACAUUUUCUUCACCAUGCCAUGGACGCCGACUUAUGAAUUUCCCCAUCCUCUAGCACGUGUACCCCAAAGUGCUGGUUAUUGGCUUUCAUAUAUUGUUGUGGAUUUACUCAUAUGGUGGGGAAUUAGAGGAUAUAUAAAUAGCUUUAGGAAAAAAAAGCUGAAGCUUCCACCAAUCGCAUACUUCAGUAUGUACCGUGGAUCAGUAUCUCACUUGCCCACGGGUUAUCUGUGGAGUCCCCAUCUUGUGCCAAAGCCAAGUGAUUGGGGACCUUUAGUCGAUGUCGUUGGUUAUUGUUUCUUGAAUCUUGGGUCAAAGUAUCAGCCUAGAAAGGAAUUCAGUGAAUGGAUUCAGAAAGGAACGAAGCCCAUAUAUAUUGGUUUUGGCAGUAUGCCUCUUGAAGAUCCCAAGAAAACUACUGAGAUGAUAUUGGAGGCAUUGAGAGAAACUGAACAAAGAGGAAUAAUUGACCGAGGUUGGGGAGAUCUAGGGAAUUUUACGGAAGUUCCUGAUAAUGUCUUCCUUUUAGAGGAUUGUCCUCAUGACUGGUUGUUUCCUCAGUGCGCUGCUGUUGUUCACCAUGGGGGUGCUGGAACUACAGCUACAGGACUGAAAGCUGGGUGCCCGACAACGAUAGUACCGUUCUUUGGAGACCAGUUCUUUUGGGGUGAUAUAGUACAUAAACAAGGGCUGGGACCUGCACCAAUACCAAUAGCCGAGCUCAACGUGGAGAGCCUUUCGAAUGCAAUAAGGUUCAUGCUCCAGCCAGAGGUGAAAUCUCGAGCGAUGGAGUUAGCAAAAUUGAUAGAAAACGAAGAUGGUGUUGCAGCUGCAGUUGACGCAUUUCACCGGCAUUUACCUCCGGAGCUACCUCUGCCUGCUGCUUCUUCAGAUGACGAAGAACUCCCAAACUCGAUCCAAUGGCUUUUCAUUCAGCUUAAUAAGUGGUGCUGCCUUCCUUGCGACAUGUAGGCUUCUUUGGUGUGUAUCACCGAGGAUUGUACAGAUUUUUGUUCUAUUUUAUUUUUACAUCACAUUCGCAUGUUGAUUUUUUUUAUAUUCGGUUACAACGAUUCAUUCAUUCGAUUCUUGGGUC